AUGGCGGAUAAGCGCAAGAGCUCCCGGCGACACGAUCCAGACGUGGACGCCACCGACGUGUACGUGAGCUCCGCGGGUCCAAAAUGGCAAUGGUUCCGCACGUUUCUUCCAUAUGAAUGCAAGGUGAAAGACGAGAGGGAGAUCAGCGAACAGUUUGGGCUCUUCACUGUUGACGGCGACGCACCACUGACGCUUCAAAGCCACCGCGAUACCCAGGCAAGGGGCGCUCUGUCGAAUCCCCGAGGCCGCCGCCGGUUUCACCCACUUCGCGAGGCAGACGACGAGCAAGUGCUCCAGUGGCGACGGUGCCUCUUCCAGGAGAUGAAGCACGUUGUGCGCGUGGCCGAACUCGUGUACGACUGCAGAGGAGAGUAUCUCCAUACGGCGAUUCACUACGCCCCCAUUCGGGCAACAGGCGCUCCCAUGAGGGGCAGUGGAUCGGGCCGCCGCCACUUUCGCGCACGUGGCUUCACAGCAGCAUUCAUCCAAGGCAUGUACGAGUUUGAGCGCAGGCAAGGUGGCCUCACGCAAGCAGCUAUGAACGGCUCACACUUGUGUCAUCGAGGCCAGCACCGUUUGCCG